AUGGCUACUACUACUUUUGCAUCCAGUGCGUCCUUGCCUGAUGAGAACGCCCCCGAAACCAUCGAGGCUCGCCGCAGAGAAAUGCAAGCUUGGGAGCAGGCCGCGGGCGAGAUUCUCGGUCCUUGUCCGCCGGACUUGAAGGAAUCGACUAUCGACAUCGCCCUGUCCGACCAUUUCGUGAGCCACAACAUCGUCGUCCGGCCUGUCUCGACAGCCAAUGGAGAAGGCCACAGCCAGAGCGCCAUCAAAAAGUGUCCUCUCAUCGUGUACAUCCACGGCGGAAGCUUUGCCUUUGGCACGCCACACCAGGUGCUUUCUCCCGCGCGCGCAUUUGCCUCGCAUUUCGGGGCUAUCGUCGCCUGUCCGUCCUACAAGCUCGCCCCGGAGAACCCCUUCCCAGCACCGAUGCAGAGUGUCUGGGAGGUGGUGGCGUGGCUGUCUGACCCGCAGAACCUCAACACCGGACUCCUCGCGCACGAAGGCAUCGAGUUCGAUCCGUCCCUCGGUUUCGUGCUGGCGGGCUGCAGUGCAGGCGCAACCAUCUCGGCCGUGGUAGCGGGCAUCGCAGCGGCGGCACGCGCAGGGCAGACCGAGCUGGUGCAGGGACUCCCGGGGGGCCUCGUCUCUCCCAUCACCGGACUCUUCAUCUCGCUGCCUCACCUCGUCCAUCGAGACAUGGUUCCGGCGAAGUACGCGUCCGCAUUCCGGUCUCGCGAGGAGCAUGCCAACGCGCCCAUCAUCAACGCCGCGUCGCUGGCCCACUCGAUCAAGCGCCUCCAGACCGACUUCCACUCACCGUGGUUUUCGCCGCUCAACCUGGACCUUCAUGCCAUCAAAGAACAUCACCCCAACCGAGUCUACGUGCACGCUGGUGAGCUGGAUAUCCUUCGUGAUGAUGCGGUCAUCUAUGAACGGGUAUUGAGAGAGGAUGGCAUCGCCGAGACCAAGAUCGACGUGCUGGCCGGCUAUGCCCACGUCGGCUGGCUCUCCAUUCCGUUUCCUGAGGCCCACACGCCAGAGAUCAAGGAAAUGACAAUGAACGGCAUGGCCUGGGUUCUUGGCCAGGAGUGGGACAGAGAUAGGCCACUUCCAUACUGA